AUGACAUGAUGACCAGUACAAAAUAGCGAUUCCUAGUGAUUGGUUCGUGUGACAUCCUCGGCGUUUAUUUGAAGCUCGUUUUUGCAUUUUUCAGCGGGGGAUUGAAUUCGUAAUACUAUUCCUUUCCCUCCACCUUUCCUGCAUCGGCAGUUUUAGGAGCGGGAAACCCUGACACAUCGGAAAUGCACAUUAUAAAAUUCAUCGUACCCGUCGGAUUCAUGAACUUAACCCGAAAUUUCGCAGUUGUAGCAGCAAUGAGCGGAAACAAGGAUUACAAAUCGGCUACGUCGAUUUACGACUUCACGGUGAACUCCAUCAGGGGAGAGGAAGUUCCUUUGUCCAAAUAUAAAGAUCACGUGUGCUUGAUCGUAAACGUCGCUUCGAAAUGCGGCCUCACAGCAACGAAUUACAAAGAACUGAAUGAACUAUACGACGAGUAUGCUGAAUCUAAAGGAUUACGAAUUCUAGCAUUUCCUUGUAACCAAUUCAAUGGUCAAGAGCCAGGGAACAACGAGGAGAUUUGCAGUUUUGCCGAUCGCCAGAAAGUAAAAUUCGAUUUAUUUGAGAAAAUUGAUGUGAACGGAAAUAGCACGCAUCCUCUUUGGGCAUAUUUGAAGAAAGAGCAAGGUGGCCUGCUGGGUAACUUCAUAAAAUGGAACUUCACCAAGUUCAUCGUGAAUAAAGAGGGCAAGGUCGUCGAGCGACAUGGUCCUAAUGUAGAUCCCCACAAGUUGAAAGAUUCUCUUGAAAAAUAUUUUUAAAUUGUAUCUUCCUAUAUAAUUUUCGAAGGUGGAUAUUUCUUAUAGUAUAAACAAAUUAAAUAGGAGAUUUUUAAAUUUAUAUAUUAUGUUUGAACGAAUUUUGUAGAUUUUUUGCAAUAUGAAAAACUUCGCACAUAUAAAAACUUAUUCUUUCCUUCUUGCAUAUUACGUACAAUAUUAGGCACAAUAACCUAUUUUUAAAUUCUUUUUCGACAUAUAUAUAUAUAUAUAUAUAUAUAUAUAUAUAUAUGUAUGCACAUAUUUUAUAUUUCGUAAUGUGUAAUUGUGAAUUGUUUAAGUAACUGGAAAUCAAUAUUACGUGUUUGCACAUUCCUCAUCUUUAUAUAUGUAUAUCCACAAGUUUCAUUUAAAAUAAAGGUAAUUAUGUACUUUAACCGCGUUGAUGACUUUGACAUAUGUCGUCAAGAUCAUGACCCUAAGUAACCUCCAAAAGGUUUUAGAUAAUGGUCGUCCUUCGUUAAGAAGUUAUUGACAAAUAUAAAUUAAUUCCUAAAGACUUCCUUAAUGAUACAAAAUGAUUGUAUAUAACAGAACGUUAGGAGUCAAGCAUGGUAAUUCUUGUGCAAAUCAAUACAGUUAACAAAACCACUUUAUUAAUAAUUAAUCCGCUUACAUGUUUCGGCUCACUUUUGGAUCAUCCUCAGAGACAAUACGAUGUUGUAAUUACAAAAAAUUUUUUAGAAAUUAAUUCAUUUCAGAGUGAAUCAACUCCACCUAUUAACGGAAACUAUAAUAUAAAAUCGUAUUGUUUCUGAGGAUGGCUCAAAAGUGAGCUGAAACAUGUAAGCGGAUUAAUUAUUAAUAAAGUUGUUUUGUUAACCGUAUUGCAUAAGAAUUACCCGUGCUUGACUCUUAUUGCCCUGUUAUAUUUAAUCAAGUUAUUAACAAAAAAAAUUUUAGAAAUGACAGUUUAUUUCUGCUACAUAUAGUAUUAAAAACUACUCGGUAAAUAUGUCGAAGACGGGAGCGCCAAUGAUCUUGUUCUUGACAUAUGUUGUCAAGAUUAUGAUUCUGAAUGACUUCCAAUAGAUUUUAGCCAUCGUUCGUUAUUCGUUAAAAAGUGUUGUAUAUAUUAACAAAAAAAAAUUCAUUUUUCAAACUUUUUUGUUAAUAACCUUUUAACGAACAGCGACGGCCACCUAAAACCUGCUGGAGGUCACUCAAGAUUAUGAUCUUGUCCACAUAUGUCAAAAUCAUCGGCGCAGUGUCCCUUAAUAUUAAUAAUUACCGAAAAAUUUAUUACACAAAUUAGACCUUUAACUCUAAAUAGCUCAGAAACUAUAAGAGAUUGCCACCUAGUUGUUAAGGCAAAGUUAUUCAGAAUCAUGAUCUUAACAACAUGUUAAGGUCAUCGAUGCAGUAUCCCUUAAAGUGCAUAAUUACCAAAAUAAAUUCUUAAA